UUGCUUUGUUUGCUGCUUUAACUUCAGUAAUGUUGCUGUUUGUUUCUGCUCUGUCAUGUUUCUACAUGUUCACUUCUUAUUUCAGCACAAACUGUGGAUGACUGCUGUUUAAACAUGGAUCAAUAUGAUUAUUAGCUUAUUGAUUGACUGCAAUCAGUCAAUAUUUCUCUGAGAUUAUUGAUGGACUUGAGUCAGUUUGAUGAGCUGCUGAUGUUUCUUUGUUGUUUUGUCUUUCUGACUUUGGGUUUGUGGGUGAGUCUCUGCAGCUCCAUGACUCCAUCUGCUGGACUGAUAGUAGAAGUGCAGCAGCUGAUCUUCUCCAGGAGGAUCUGAGUGGAUGAAUGAUGUUUGUUUCCUGUGCAGGUGAAGGUAGAAAGUGUGUGUGAGCUGCUGUGAGUUGAGCAUCAUGGAUGAGUGUGAGGACAGAGAGGAGGGAGUCCCUCCCUCUAAAAGCUCUCUGUGUGGGGAACAGGAGAACCAGAGCAAAGCUCAGAGGAAUCCACCUGGACCUGGACCUGGACCUGGACCUGGACCUGCAUCCAGCUGUGUGUCCUUCAAGAGUGAUCAGUCUAAUCAUCGCUUCAUUGAAUUUAAAGGAGAACCAGGUCCUGAAGUAAGAGGAAAGAAGAAAAUCCAUCAGAGAUCAGAGUCUUCUGGACCUGGACCUGCAUCCAGCUGUGUGUCCUUCAAGAGUGACCGGUCUAAGGAUGUUAUUAUUGAAUUUAAAGGAGAUCCAGGUCCUGCUGCAGAGAGAGUGGAGCAGCAGAACUCAGAGGUUCCCAGAGCUCAGUCUGUCCAGCAGCAUCACCUGGACUCCAUAUUCAUGCUGCUGGAGGACAACAUGGUGACUUUUGUGAAGAAGGAGCUGAAGAAGAUGCAGAAGCUUGUGAGUCCAGAUUACCCAGAAUGCUCCUCAGAGAGUCAGAGGGAGGAGUUGGAGGGUGAUGAUGAAGAUGAGAGGAGCAGCAGAGAGAUGUUUGAGCAGAUCACAGUGUUGUUCCUGAGGAGGAUGAAGCAGGAGAAGCUGGCUGACUGUCUGCAGAGCAAACUUGCUGCUGGAGUUUGUGGACGUGAACUUAAACGUGGUCUGAAGAAGAAGUUCCAGAGAGUGUUUGAGGGCAUCGCUAAAGCAGGACAGAAGACCCUCCUGAAUGAGAUCUACACAGAGCUGUACAUCACAGAGGGAGGGACUGCAGAGGUCAAUGAUGAACAUGAGGUCAGACAGAUUGAAGCAGCAUCCAGGAAAGCAGACAGAGCAGAAAGAAGCAUCAGAGCAGAAGACAUCCUUAAAGGCUCACCUGGAAGAGAUGGACCAAUCAGAACAGUGAUGACAAAGGGAGUGGCUGGCAUCGGGAAAACAGUGUUAACACAGAAGGUGACUCUGGACUGGGCUGAAGACAAAAGCAACCAGGACAUCCACUUCAUGUUUCCAUUGACUUUCAGAGAGCUGAAUGUGGUGAAAGAGAGAAAGUUCAGCUUGAUGGAACUUGUUCAUCACUUCUUCAGUGAAACCAAAGCAGCAGGAAUCUGCAGCUUUGAACACUUCCAGGUUGUGUUGAUCUUUGACGGUCUGGAUGAGUGUCGCCUUCCUCUGGACUUCCACAACAAUGAGGUCCUGACUGAUGUUAGAGAGUCCACCUCAGUGGAUGUGCUGCUGACAAACCUGAUCAGGGGGAAGCUGCUUCCCUCUGCUCACCUCUGGAUAACCACACGACCUGCAGCAGCCAAUCAGAUCCCUCCUGACUGUGUGGACAUGGUGACGGAGGUCAGAGGGUUCACCGACCCACAGAAGGAGGAGUACUUCAGGAAGAGAUUCAGAGAUAAGAAGAAGGCCAGCAGCAUCAUCUCCCACAUGAAGAAGUCACGAAGCCUCCACAUCAUGUGCCACAUCCCAGUGUUCUGCUGGAUCACUGCUACAGUUCUGGAGGAGCUGCUGAGAAGCAGAGAGGGAGGAGAUCUGCCCAGAACCCUGACUGAGAUGUUCAUCCACCACCUGGUGGUUCAGGCCAAAGUCAAGAAGGUCAAGUAUGAUGAAGGAGCUGAGACAGAUCCACACUGGAGUCCAGACAGCAGGAGGAUGAUUGAGUCUCUGGGAAAACUGGCUUUUAAUCAGCUGCAGAGAGGAAACCUGAUCUUCUAUGAGUCCGACCUGACAGAGUGUGGCAUCGAUGUGGAAGCAGCCUCAGUGUACUCAGGAGUGUUCACACAGGUCUUUAAAGAGGAGAGAGGACUGUACCAGGACAAGGUGUUCUGCUUCGUCCAUCUGAGCGUUCAGGAGUUUCUGGCUGCUCUUUAUGUCCAUCAGACCUUCAUCAAGUCUGGAAUCAACCUGCUGGAAGAAGAACAACGAACAACAUCCAAGAAGCUGAAAGUAUCUCUUAAGAAACCUAAACUAAAACAUCUCCACCAGAGAGCUGUGGACGAGGCCUUACAGAGUCCAAACGGACACCUGGACUUGUUCCUGCGCUUCCUCCUGGGUCUGUCCCUGCCGACCAAUCAGAAUCUCCUACGAGGCCUGCUGACACAGACAGGAAGUAGCUCACAGACCAAUCAGAAAACAGUGAAGUACAUCAAGGAGAAGAUCAGUGAGAAUGUGUCUGCAGAGAGAAGCAUCAAUCUGUUCCACUGUCUGAAUGAACUGAAGGAUGUUUCUCUAGUGGAGGAGAUCCAACAGUCCCUGAGAUCAGGACGUCUGUCCACAGAUAAACUGUCUCCUGCUCAGUGGUCAGCUCUGGUCUUCAUCUUACUGUCAUCAGGAGAACAUCUGGACGUGUUUGACCUGAAGAAAUACUCUGCUUCAGAGGAGGUUCUUCUGAGGCUGCUGCCAGUGGUCAAAGCCUCCAAGAAAGUUGUACUGAGUGGCUGUAAUCUGUCAGAGAGAAGCUGUGGAGCUCUGUCCUCAGUCCUCAGCUCCCAGUCCUCCAGUGUGACAGAGCUGGACCUGACUAACAACAACCUGCAGGAUUCAGGAGUGGAGAGUCUUUCUGCUGGACUGGAGAGUCCACACUGUAAACUGGAAGCUCUCAGGCUGUCAGGCUGUCUGGUCACAGAGGAAGGCUGUGCUUCUCUGGCCUCAGCUCUGAGCUUGAAGACCUCAAAUCUGAGAGAGCUGGACCUGAGCUACAACCAUCCAGGAGACUCAGGAGAGAAGAUGCUGAGAGCUAAAGUGGAGGAUCCACACUGUAGACUGGAAACUCUGAGGGUGACGCCUGCUGGAGUCCCAUGGUUGACACCAGGUCUGAGGAAGUAUUCCUGUCAACUCACAGUCGACACAAACACAGUAAACGGAAACCUCAAACUGUCUGACAACAACAGGAAGGUGACACAUGUGGGGGGGAUCAGAGGUAUCCUGAUCAUCCAGACAGGUUUGACUACUGGGACCAGCUGCUGUGUGGAACUGGUCUGACUGGUCGCUGUUACUGGGAGGUGGAGUGGAGAGGAAGGGUUUAUAUAUCAGUGAGUUACAGAGGAAUCAGAAGGAAAGGAGUCAGUAAUGACUGUUGGUUUGGAUUUAAUGAUCAGUCCUGGAGUCUGUUCUGCUCUGAUGAUGAUGGUUACUAUGUCUAUCACAAUAACAGUCAAACAUCCAUCAGGUCCUCCUCAGUCUCUCACAGAGUUUCAGUUUAUGUGGACGUUCCUGCUGGAACUCUGUCCUUCUACAGAGUCUCCUCUGACUCUCUGAUCCACCUCCACACCUUCAACACCACAUUCACUCAAACUCUCUGUCCUGGAUUUGGGGUCUACAAGUCCAGGUCUGGUUCCUCCUCAGUGUCUCUGUGCUGAGUCUCGUCUCCAGAGUCUCCUCCUGGUACAGAAACAGUGUUGAACAGAUGGUUGAGUCUCUCCAUGACUCUGUCCCUCACAAACAUGUUUUCACAUUCAUGGAUUAAAUGUGUUUCUUUGUCAAAUCCUUCUCAAUGAUUCCUUGUAAACUUGUUCCUCUUCAAAGAUGAAGUUGUGAUUCUUCCAGGAGCCAAAUGUGGUGUUUGCGUCUUUUUCCAGUCAAAUGUUGAGAGUGAAAAUCAGGAUGUGGUGUUCCUCUGACGCUCACUGGAACUAAAAGCAUUUGAGCUGCACAAAGUGUGAAAUGAGAGAGGAAGCAGUGAAUCUCCAAACUGCUGACAGACUUUCACACAUUAUUGUCCAGUGAAAAUCAGCUUUUUGUGCAGCCACACUUGAUCCUGAUGUGAGUCUUUAAGUCCUGUUCUAGUGAUGAAAUGAGAACUUCCUUCAUCUGUGUCACUCUUUCCAAAGUAUUCUGUGCUCUUCUGUCAUUUAUGUCUUAUUGAUAGAUCCAUUUUUCAUUUUUACUAUAAAUAAGUGCUUCAAUGUUUUUUCAUCAGUUUUUUUUUUUUAUCAGAUUCUGAAUUUCUGGUUUCAUCAACAAAUUCUAUCAGAUUGUAUUUUUCCAUCAAAGCUCCCAUAACCCUAGCUAUCUGUGGAUCAAAAUGUUUUCAGCAUCGAUAUGAUUCCAGUAGAAUUUAAACCCACCAGGACUAUCCAGAUUACAUUGAACUCUGUAAAUUCUACAUUUUUAGCCUGUUUCAUUCUAUAAAUGUUGUGUUUGGCCGUUAAAGGAGCUUUUCCUCACAUUGUGCUGUAUUUGAACCCUUCCAUGCUCUAAAUUCUUUGAACAGAUCUUGUGCUGUAAUCAAUGUCUAACUUAGUUUUUAUUUUCAUUGCAGUGGUUGAUUUUUCCUGAACAAGAUCAAUGAUUUUAAUACGUCUUUCUCCACUUUUAUUUGCUCUGCCUGUGGCUUUUAAACUAUUCUAACUUUCUUUUUUAUUCAAUAAAUGACUAAUAACACA